AUGGCUUCAGUGACGUCGCUGGACAAGGACCUGCGCCAGAUGCGCCUCGACAAAUACACCCCCGCCGCCGCCAACGAAGCCCGGAAAUGGAUUGAGGACACCCUCGGCGAGAGGCUCCCGUCCUCAGACCUCCUCGAGGGGCUCAAGGAUGGCGUCGCGCUGUGCAAGCUCGUCAACCGCGCCGUGCCUCCGCCUGGCGUCAGGUUCAAGCAGUCGGCCAUGCCCUUCGUCCAGAUGGAAAAUAUCUCGCACUUUCUCCGCGCCUGCCAGGCCCCGCCCCUGAACCUGCAGCAGCACGACAUGUUCCUCACCGUCGACCUGUUCGAGCAAAAGGACCCCGCCCAAGUGCUGCAAUGUCUCGGCGCAUUCAGCAGGGCCGCCAACGCCGUGAAUCCGAGAAGCUUCCCCACGGCCAUAGGGCCCAAGACGCGCGGCGUCGUGAGCCCGCAAGGCACCGGCGCCGCUCCCGCGACUCCGACUGGACUCCGUGAUAGGGGCACGUCCAUCACGAGCAACACCUCGUCCGCGUACGGCGCUUCCAAGCCAGUGCUGCCGCACCGAACCGGAGAUUCCGCGUCUGGCCGCUGGAGCCCGACCAAGGGCCAUGGCAAGACACCAUCGAGCGGCGGAUCGCCCGGCACCGUCAGCAGCUGGAGCAAGCGCGAACAAGAAGGCGCCACAUCGCCCGCCUGGAACAUUGCUCAGUACGGCUACAUGGGUGGCGCCAGCCAGGGAAAUCUGGGAAUUGCCUUUGGAGGGAGACGCCAAAUUACCAACGCCGGCCCGCAGGUUCCCAGCCUGGCCGACAAGGAACGACGCCGCAGAGAGGAAGCGGAGCGCCAGCGCCAGGAAGCCGAGGACGAAGAACGCCGUCGUCGAGCGGAGGAGGAAGAGGCCAAAAGAGAAGAGGAGCGCCGAUGGGAGGAAGAGACGGAGAGACUGCGCGAGGAGGAGCGGAGAAAGGCCGAAGAGGAGAAGAGGCAAUGGGCCGAGCAGGAGCGCCAGUGGCAGCUGGCAGAGCAGCAGCGCCUCAAGGAAGAGCGGGAGGCCGAGGCCCGCCUGCAGGAGGAGCGUCGUCGUGCGCGAAGCCAGAGCGACAACAAGCUUCGCGGCCAGUUCCUGAGCCAGUACCAGGCCGAACAGGCCGACGCGGAGAACAGCCACACCUCUCGGAUAAAGGAGCUGGAAAAGGAGCUGGAGCUGGCCCGCCAGCGCGAGGCGGAAUACGAGCGCGAGCGCCAGGGGAGGCCGUCACGCAGCGACCGACCAGCCAACGAGAUAACGCCCCCGAAGCCGAGGUCCCGGAGCCGGCACGCCGCCACGGCAUCACCGCCGGCGGCCAAGGGGCCGGACCGCGAGCCCGCCCGCUUCGAGUCGUGGUCCAAGGACGAGCGCGAGGUGCUCCAAACGGCUUGGAACCAACACCAGGAGCGUCUGGAAGAGGAAGACGCGCAAGACACGCCCUCGCCCCUCGUAACAACGCGCCGUCCCUUGCCCGACCCCACCGCCGCCGCGGCGCCGAAGAUUAAGAGCCCGAGCGGCGGCAGCCGGCCCCUCCCCGACCCGUCCAAGUACACGUCCCCUCCCGCGCCGCAGCCCAGCCGCACCGACCGGUUCCUCGCGGGCAACGCGCCGCCCGCGCAGGCCGCCGCGCAGACGACGUACGCGCGCGAGCUGGGCGCCACGGAGGAGCGCGACGGCGAGGACCGGCGCCGCGCGCAGUCCCAGGCCAAGACCAAGGCCGGCGGCUGGGCGUCCAAGUCGCUGCUCGAGCGCGAGAUGGAGAUGGAGCGCGAGCGCCAGCGCGAGUGGGAGGAGGCCCAGCGCGAGACGGCCAGGGCCGCCCGCCCCGCCGACGGGGCCGUCGACGGCAUCGGCGGCGGCGUCGGCGGCCGCUGGGACGUCGGCCAGUGGAGCGGCUACACGGGCGGAGACAGCCAGAACAGGGGCGGCCAGGGCAUCGGCGCCGGGAGGAGGCAGAUUGUCGGCCCGCGGCCCCUCCCCGGCGCGGGCAGGUGA